AGAGUCGGAGUCAUGGCCGAGUGUGAACACUGUGACCUAAACACCAUGAAAGAGCGCUGACUCCUCUGCUGGAUCCUCGUCUCCAGGACCUCCACCUAGAGGAGCAGGAGGAGCAGGAGGAGGUCCAACAUGGCCGAGCCCCUGCUGAAGAGAACCUUCUCUAGGCUGAGAGGAAAAGACAGAUCCAGAAGGAAGACCGACCCCAAAGUGAGCGAUGUUGCAGUAAAGUCUGACACCGUCCUCCAAACGUCUUCAUCACCUUCAUCACCAUCGUCACCAUUUAAGGCGCAGACCAUAACUUCCCCAGCAACAGACCCUGAUCCUCCCUCGCCUCCACAGAACUACAUAACAGUGUCUAAGAAACAGCUGUGGGCCCGUCAGGGUUCUGCAGCUCCACGUACCUCGCUGCAGUCAAGCUUCACCCCAAGAAACUCUGAUGGGAUAUCCCAGGAUGCAUCUGGGCAGGCCUGGAGUCACAAGCAAGCACAGAAUAAGACAGAUCAGUAUGGCGACAAGAAGUGCCUCAGUCUGGCAUCGGAUAUGACCAGCACCCCUUGUGUUCCUGUCGGUUCUACCACUGUCCUCCUUGAAGCCCAGAAGCCACCAAGAGCCUCUCCUGAUGUACCAGCGUCCUCCAAGUUAUCUGGCCAGCGAGCUUAUCUGCAAAGCCUGGAUCGCAGUAGCCGAGCCUGGGUGCUGGCGUCUGGAAAGACCCAGACUUCAGAUGAGGCCUGUGGGGUUCAGCAGGAGAGCAACAUCUGGUACAACCCAAUUCCUGAAGAGGAGGACACAGGAGGUCCACGCAGGGAGAAGGAGAUAUGGAGGAGGAGGGACGAGAUGGAGGACGGACGAACAGCCAAGAGGACGGGGUCAGCAGAUACCAGAGCACAACUGGGAGGAGUCUUGGUGGGGUCAGCAGAUACCAGAGCACAACUGGGAGGAGUCUUGGUGGGGUCAGCAGAUACCAGAGCACAACUGGGAGGAGUCUUUGUGGGGUCAGCAGAAAGGCGUAGCGGUGAAUUUCCACAAGAGGGCACUAAUCUGAGUGUUAGUCAUCAUACUGAUGACAUCACCACAGAAAACACAGAUCCCGCCACCUCAGACUUCAGCUCCUCUUCCUUGAAGAAAGGGGGUGUGUCAGGUAGUGUCAUUGACAGGCUGAUGUCUCCUGGUACCGUGAGGAAACUCUCCUUUAAGAUGAAGAAACUCCCAGAGCUGCGCCGCAAACUCAGCCUGCGCUCCUCUUCUCGUGCCCAACGCCAGGGAAGCGACAGCAGGGGGGGCGGCGAUGAGUUGACCAGUAAGACAGCAUCGUCCUCUGCAGCCAACCAGAACGUGAUCAGCAGGUAUCACCUGGAUAGCUCCGCCCCUCCAGCCAGACCAUUGCGACGGUCAUCGAGAGGCCGCUCGGCAAAAGGAGGGUAUCUUAGUGAUGGGGACUCCCCCGAACUGCUGCCACGGCAACAGGCCCCUCCUGUCUCAACUUCCCAGGAAGCGGCGUGGGACAUGAGCUCCUUCCGACUGUAUGUGAACUCCGACCCCCCGAGAUGCAGCCAGCGGGUGACGGGUUUACUGACGGUCCAUCUGCUGGGCCUGGAGGAAAUGAAAACCAGCAGGUCCGAGGGGAGUAAAGAGGUCUUCCUGGCCAUCCAGAUCGAUGGGGUGACGAGAGCCAGGACUGCCCUCCUGACCCUGCAAGGCUCCUCCUUCCCAUUGAACCACGCCUUCCACCUGGAGCUGGAGCGAGCCCGGCAGCUCCGCAUCGUGGUGUUAACACCAGCAGCAGCAUCAGGGUCUAAAUCAGGUCCUGGUCCAACCAGGAACCGGGUCUGUGGUCUGGCAGGAGUCUCUAUCCCUCCACUCUUUAAAGGGAGUCGUAGUCAACAACUCUGUGUGAAGUUGGAGCCCCGAGGACUUCUUUAUGUCAAACUGUCUCUGCAGGAGAACUGGGACACACAGCCCAACAGCGACGCCUCAGUACCUGCUAAUGUGUUUGGGGUUGAACUUCACCAUCUGGUGGAGAAAGAAGAGUCCACAUCAAUGAUCCCUCUUCUGAUCCAGAAAUCUGUGGCAGAGAUAGAGCGAAGAGGCCUGAAGGUGGUGGGUCUGUACAGACUGUGUGGUUCUGCCGCUGUGAAGAAGGAGCUCAGGGAUUGGUUUGAGAGGAACAGUUCAGCGGUCUGUCUUAGCGAUGAUCUCUACCCCGACAUCAACGUCAUCACAGGUAUUCUGAAGGACUACCUGAGGGAGCUACCGUCUCCGCUCAUCACCAGGACUCUGUACCAUGUUGUCAGGGAGGCCAUGACCCUACGACCCCCACAUGCCCCACCAGGGACCCCUGAUCCCCUACUGGCCCAGAGCACUGUGGAGCUGCUGUCCUGUCUGCCGCCUCCAGAGAGGGCCACACUGGCUCUCCUGCUGGACCACCUCAGCUUGGUUGCGUCCCUCAGCUCCUCUAACAGGAUGACGCACCAGAACCUCGCCGUCUGCUUCGGCCCGGUGCUCCUCACCCCGACCCAGGAGGCCUGGAGGGGGGAAAGAGGAGAAAGAGGCGGAGGGAAGGGAUUCAGUUACGGUGAAGAGAUGGCGAGUGCGGUGAAUUUCAAACGACACAUUGAGGCAUUGCACUACCUGCUGCAGCUGUGGCCAGUGCCGAACCAUAGAUUCCCAGCAGACGACCACAUCGAUGUCUCCCUGCCUCCCUCCCCCGCCCUUACCCAUAACCCUUUAGGACAGCAGGAGUGGCCUCCUGCCCUGCGAUUGGCUCUGACCCAGAACCCUGAGGAGGAGGUGGUGGUGUCCCGGCGGGGCCGAGGUGGCCUGGCCCGGCUAGAGAGCCCACCACCAAUCAACCGGUAUGCGGGAGAUUGGAGUGUUUGUGGGCGAGAUCUUCUAUCCGGACAAGAGGCCGAUUAUGACGAGGUGGCAGGAAGUGAAAGUGACAGAGGCAGCGGGGAUGAAGAGGAAGAGGAGAAGAAGGAGGCGUGGUCCUCAGGAGGCAGAGGAGGAGGUCUGUACGUGGAAGAGUUCAUGGAUUUUGAUGCUCCAUUCAACUGCCGACUCAGUCUGAAAGACUUCGACACUCUGAUCCAUGACUUAGACCGAGAGCUCGCCAAGCAGAUCAACAUCUGUCUGUAGAACCAGAUUCAUUUAUUUCUGUGAUCCAGAGGUCAACAGAGGUUUCCAUAGGCGUCGGCCCUCUAAAGAUGUGAACUGAACUAUGUUGUUGUUCUGGGAAUCAAGGUAGCAUCCUGUUGGAACCUGUUGGAUCCUGUUGGAACAUGUUCGGCUGUUUGCACUGCUAAAGCCAUAAUUUUUACUUGUUGAAACUUUUAGUGAACAAACUCAUUGCUCUGCUGCUUCUGUCCCACGACCGCCAUUAUGCUUCAAACCAGUCCACGAACCAAUGGGUGACUACGUGCACAGUCGAUGAUGUAGUCCUGCAGGUUUCUGAACCCCCUACAGGUUUCUAUACCCCCAGCUGAUGUUUAUACCCCUAUGUUUGUUUCUGUACUCCCUACUGGUUUAGGUACCCCCAACUGGUUUACGUACCACCUGCUGGUUUAGGUACCCCCAGCUGGUUCAUGUACCCCCAGCUGGUUUAUGUACCCCCAGCUGGUUCAUGUACCCCCAGCUGGUUUAUGUACCCCCUGCUGGUUCAUGUACCCCCAGCUGGUUUAUGUACCCCCAGCUGGUUCAUGUACCCCCAGCUGGUUUAUGUACCCCCAGCUGGUUCAUGUACCCCCAGCUGGUUUAUGUACCCCCAGCUGGUUCAUGUACCCCCAGCUGGUUUAUGUACCCCCUGCUGGUUCAUGUACCCCCAGCUGGUUCAUGUACCCCCAGCUGGUUCAUGUACCCCCAGCUGGUUUAUGUACCCCGUGCUGGUUCAUGUACCCCCAGCUGGUGUAUGUACCCACUGCUGGUUCAUGUACCCCCAGCUGGUUUAUGUACCCCCAGCUGGUUCAUGUACCCCCAGCUGGUUCAUGUACCCCCUGCUGGUUCAUGUACCCCCAGCUGGUUCAUGUACCCCCAGCUGGUUUAUGUACCCACUGCUGGUUCAUGUACCCCCAGCUGGUUUAUGUACCCCCAGCUGGUUCAUGUACCCCCAGCUGGUUUAUGUACCCCCUGCUGGUUCAUGUACCCCCAGCUGGUUUAUGUACCCCCAGCUGGUUCAUGUACCCCCAGCUGGUUCAUGUACCCCCAGCUGGUUUAUGUACCCCCAGCUGGUUCAUGUACCCCCAGCUGGUUUAUGUACCCCGUGCUGGUUCAUGUACCCCCAGCUGGUUCAUGUACCCCCAGCUGGUUCAUGUACCCCCAGCUGGUUUAUGUACCCCGUGCUGGUUCAUGUACCCCCAGCUGGUGUAUGUACCCACUGCUGGUUCAUGUACCCCCAGCUGGUUUAUGUACCCCCAGCUGGUUCAUGUACCCCCAGCUGGUUUAUGUACCCCCAGCUGGUUCAUGUACCCCCUGCUGGUUCAUGUACCCCCAGCUGGUUCAUGUACCCCCAGCUGGUGUAUGUACCCACUGCUGGUUCAUGUACCCCCAGCUGGUUUAUGUACCCCCAGCUGGUUCAUGUACCCCCAGCUGGUUCAUGUACCCCCAGCUGGUUUAUGUACCCACUGCUGGUUCAUGUACUCCCAGCUGGUUCAUGUACCCCCUGCUGGUUCAUGUACUCCCAGCUGGUUCAUGUACCCCCUGCUGGUUCAUGUAUCCCCAGCUAGUUUAUGUACCCCCUGCUGGUUCAUGUACCCCCAGCUGGUUCAUGUACCCACUGCUGGUUCAUGUACCCCCUGCUGGUUCAUGUAUCCCCAGCUGGUUCAUGUACCCCCUGCUGGUUCAUGUACCCCCAGCUGGUUCAUGUACCCCCUGCUGGUUCAUGUAUCCCCAGCUGGUUCAUGUACUGCUGGUGGAGCAGCAGAGCGAUGUGAGCUGCAGCUGGUAGUCAGUAUUUUCAUGGUACAGAGUUUUAACUGUGAUGAUGUUGUGAAGCCACAGAAGGAAUUCAAGGCCAUAUCAGUGUUACCAAUGAUGUUGUUUUUAUCUGUUUGCUCAUCUUGUUUUUUGACAGUAUUUCUUUUUUUGCACAAGGAUAAUAAGCACUUACGUUUUCUUUUAUUGAUUAUGACGAUGUUUCUAUGCAGAUAACCAAAGUGUUGAAGCACAGUUCCUGUUGGAACAGACCACAGCAGCUUGUCUGUAUGUCUUAUUAACCAAACGAUUAAACACAUUAGUAGUAG